AUGUCAGCGAGUAACCUGUCCGAGCAGGCGAAAGCUAUAUAUGAAGAGCGAAUCAGGCUAUGGGAGGAGAGCAAGCAGGCAUUGUAUCAGCACUAUAGAGAGCAGAGGGCCGCUGGAAUUCCUGUCGAUGAAGAAUACUUCAGUGAGGCAGAGCUCGCCAUCCCACCUCGCAAUCCAAUGGUGCCGGAGAUCAGAGUCCAGAAGCCUGACUACAUGCCCCGCGCCCGUCGAUAUUCGUUUCGUGGCGAUCUGCAAUAUGGUGACCCGCCGGCAGGAAACAGCUAUCCGGGGUUGACUAGCCCUCCGGGCUUCGACAUACAGCCGGUCGACCCUCCUGUUAGACCUGACAUGCAGCAGAUGGGUCGCGGGCGAGGACAGCACAACCACGACAUCAGCCGUAGCCUUGGAAGGGGAAUGGGUACGGAUCAGCCUCCUCAACAGCCACCCGCCCCAAGUAUAGCUCGGUUCCAGCAGCAACAGAAGAAGGGGCAGCAGCAGCGGCAAGGACAGCUCUCAAGUAUGGCUCAGCUCCAUCAGCAACAAAAGAAGGAGCAGAAGCAGCAAGGACAGGGUCAAGAGGAGCAGCCCCUCCAGAACCGUCGGAUCUCCCAAAAGAAGAAAUGGAGCGAUUCGCUUCGGAAGGAGAACUUCGGUCUUCCGCGCAGUUUUUCCUUAGGGAAUCCAUCGGUGACUCCGGUUCAGACAAACCAGAUACGGACUCUCCAUGAGAUGGAGCUGAGGGAGCUUGGACAGAUUGAUGAACGGUGGUAUUCAAGUAUAUCCCCUCAGAAGCCUUCGGCAAUUCCACGACCCGCCACGGUGCAUCCGACCUCGCAAGACGUCCGCCUGGAUCAAGCCGAAACGAAUGGGCAAAUCCGGGCGAACACUGCUAUGCCGGCCCACCACGAUUUUCGUCAGUACCACCGCCCGUCGUCCGGAAUUCGAGCCGAGCCCAAUGAGCAAAUCCAGGCCAUCACCGCUAUGCCGGCUCAGUACAGUUCUCCUCAGUACCACCGCCCGUCGUCGGGAAUUGGAGCCGAACCCAAUGAGAAAAUCCAGGCCACCACCGGUAUGCCGGCCCAGUACGAUUCUCGUCAAUAUCACUACCCGUCGUCGGGAAUUCCGCAGCGCCAGUACUCCAUGUACCCAGGAUCGAUGGCCCCACCCCCGGUACCAACAACGGCGUAUGCUCAGAAUCACGUGCACUCCAGACCAAAGCCACUCGGAUAUCACUUGCAGGAAGGUAACGAGAGACCGCAGCCCACUCAACUUUUUGGUGGAUAUCAGGGACAUGGUGAAUACCCAGCUUCUGGAUACUACUCAGACAACCAACAGAACACUGCGAACUAUCCGGGGAUGUCUAGGAUACCCCAUGCACACACGUUUAAUGCUGGGCAAGCCGGUAGCUAUCCUCAAGCAGGCGCUUUCGCUCGACAGCUACAACAGAAUGACUACAGCUCACACGCCGUACCCACCCGUAUUCCUCAGCCGAUGUCCUUUGGUCCGCUCCAGGGCGAGUAUAGUCGCUACCCACAAUUCGCACCUGGAUCGCUUGCCAUACCUCAGGGCAUUAAUCCCUACAACCAAGCUGCAGACUACUACGACCGCCACCAAGUCCUGAAGCCAUCGUACUCAUUCUCUCAUGGCCAAGCACCACGGCCGCCGCCGGAAGUCACCACAAUCCUCGAGGACGGAAAACCCAAGGUCGUGAAGAACAUUUACCGACCGCUCAAGCCAAUAAACCCGCAGAUCGCAUUGGUCACGGAGUCGAUGGCCCCUGGAUACUGGAGCGGCAGGUUUUCAAGCUCCAUGGACCGAAUGAAUGAACUCAAUCCUCUUCUCCCCGACAAUAGCAAGAAGUUCAAGGUCAUGGAGAUUCUUUCCGACUGUUGCAAGAGUCAAGAUGCGACAAACUCGUACUGGGCUUGGCGGCGUCUGCAGGACAUGUGCGAGAACAUUCCUCGCAGAGACUACCAAUAG